AUGAGGCCUGAUAAAGACAUCACUCAGGAUGGAGAUCGCCUUAUCAUCAAGACUUUCAGCACCUUCAAGAACUACAACAUGGACGUUGUAGUCUGUCAGGAGUUUGAGGAGGAUCUGAGUGGUGUGGACAACAUCAAAUGCUUGACCACUAUCAGCUGGGAUGGGGAUAAACUGGUGUGUGUGCAGAAAGGAGAGAUCGAGGGGUGGGGUUGGGCCCACCGGACUGAGGGAGAUGAACUUCACUUGGAGCUGAGAGCUGUUGGAACUCUGAGUAAACAGGUCUUCAAAAAUUCAUAG